UCUUUGCUUUAGAUUUAUGUCACAGGCAGAAAAUAUUGAGUGAUUAUGAGUGAGGAAAAGGAAAAUCCAAGGUGCAUCUUGUGUUCGUCCAUGGUGCAUGCCAUGGCGCCUGGUGCUGGUAAAAGAUCAUAUCUCUUCUGGAGACCGCCGGCUACAACGUCACCUGCCUGGAUCUCGCCGGUGCCGGAAUCGAUUUUACCGAUCCCAACACUGUUCUCACUUUCCAACAACACAACCGCCCUCUCUUCGAUCUCUUCUCUACUUUGCUGCCCGGCGAAAAGUUCACCUACGUGAUAGUGGUAGCACACAGCGUAUCAGGUUCGUCCUUGAUAUAUGCUCUUUGCAACUUCACUAACCAGAUUUCCAUGGCAAUCUACGUUGCCGCUGGAAUGGAAAAACCUGGAUCCAUCGAUCAAUCUCCUAUACAUGUACCCGAAUGCAUAGACGCAAUCUUUUCUCUCACCGAUAAAUUUGCUGCGGUGGAAAUAUAUCUGAGAAUCUCCUUUGAGAUGGAAAGCUACAAGAGUUUCUGUACCGGAGUUUAUUUUCUUUGUCUGGCCUUGGCCAUUUUUACUAUUGGCUGUGCCAACGCUGAAAAUAAGACAGAGCCCAGGAUAAAUCCCAACUUGGGUCCAGUUUGGGGAUGGAGAAGUGCCUAUGAAUGCAUUUUAAACGUAUCUAGGCAUUGUACGAAAGAAGGAUAUGCACUGACACUGAGCGGGUUAAUCGACGUGAACACAUCAGAAGCGGCGGAUUUUUGUGGAGGAGGAUGCGCAGAGCAUACCAGGGAUGUGCUUAAAUGUAUUCAUGAUGUCAAACGAGAUUUCUGGUUCGGCAACCGCGCCACCGUUGAUGUUCUUUUCGAUGCCAUCGACGCCGGCUGCUCACCAAACUCUAAAGCAGGUAUCAGUACGGUGGGUUACAGUGGUGCGGGAAAGGUUUAUACGUCUUUCGUAUUGUCUUUCAUAGCAUCGCUGCUCUUGCUGUUUGCGUUGCAAGUCUGA